ACACACACACACACACACACACACACACACGCUCAUCUGCGUUUGAACCCGAAGAAGCGAUGAAUUUUGAAUUUGAGAGGGAGAUCGGCUUCAUAAACAGCCAGCCUUCCUUUGCAGAGUGCCUGACAUCCUUCCCCGCUGUCCUGGAGUCAUUUCAAAGUUCAUCAAUCAAGGACUCGACAUUAAUUCCUCCUUCUUUUGAACACACCAUUCCCAGCCUAAACCCGUGCGCUAGCAGCCAGCCGCGACCGAGAAGCCCAAAACGGAUUCCUAAUGGCCUCCUUCAGCAGCAACCUGCACAACAGUCCCCGACUCCCCCGGUUCCUUCUGCCCCAGCGGCAGCCGAGUUCCCAUGGAUGAAGGAAAAGAAAUCCUCGAGGAAGAACCGUCACCAGUCCACUGCAGGGGCAACCUCCGCCUGUCCCUCGCCGUCUUCUUCUGGCUUUUCCGGCUAUGGAGUCGGUUCUCCUGCGGAGGCCCGUGAGAGCGCGUUGGAUAAUGGGAGCGGCUCCAGGAGACUCCGGACAGCCUACACCAACACCCAGCUGCUAGAACUGGAGAAGGAGUUUCACUUCAAUAAGUACCUUUGCCGGCCUCGCAGGGUGGAGAUAGCCGCCUUGCUGGAUCUUACCGAGAGGCAGGUCAAAGUCUGGUUUCAGAACCGGAGAAUGAAGCACAAAAGGCAGACGACGCACCAUAGGGACGGCCAAGAAGGGGAUCCGGGUUCCUUCGAGAGCCUGGAAGAAGAGGAGGACGGCUCUCUGUUUGCCGGCCAGCCCGUGGAGGCGUCAGGGUCGGCGGCUUUAGAAAGGGAAACAGCGUGCGGGUCAGCUGCUUCUAUUAUGAGUAACAAUAAUAAUACUUGUAUCAAGGAGCAAUCUGCUAAAGAGCCGAGGCAGACCCCGCAGGAGCAUGCGGCAGCCCCCCAGAAAAGCAUUAGGGCUCCAUUGUACGACUCGCCCACACCAGAUAGCUUUACAACAACGGACCGUGGCUGCGCAUCUCACCCCCCGGAUAACUCGUAUUCAGAGACCCAGGACUGUGCCUCGCUCCCCGAUUUGAAUUUAUUUUCUCCCGAUUCCUGCCUACAGAUUUCAGACGGCUUGUCUCCCAGUUUGCAAAGUUCCCUCGACAGCCCUGUCGAUUUUUCCGAAGAGGAUUUUGACUUUUUUUCAAGCACCCUUUGUGCAAUAGACUUACACUUAUAGAAACAAAACAGAUUUCUUUAUUUCUUUAUUUCUUUAUUUCUUUAUUUAUUUUGCACCUGCGCCCCAAGCCUUUCCUCCUAUGUAAAAUAUACACAUGUACUGAUUUAAUUUAGAAACGAAUCGUGAUCAUAAAAGUUGGGUUCAUACUGGAAUGUAUAGAAGGCUUUCUGUUUAAUUCCACCCUGUCCAUUGUGGAUUCAUUUGUUCAAAAUCAGGUAUUUGACUGUUUUUUUUUUUUUUUUAAUAUUCAUUCAUUCGCGAUUUUAUUUAUUUAAAACUAUGAAUACAUGUUCAGCUCUAAGCGGUGUGGCUUCUCGAAUCUUAAAUACGAAAAAAAAAAUACUCAGGAAAUAUAACAUUACAUUUGUUAGACCAUCUUCUUCAUUUCCUUGUUUUUCUUUUUACAUUCUAGAACUAGAUUAUUUAUCGAGAUCCUUUAAAAGUAAAUUGGAAAUUAUUUAUUGUAC